AUGCCUUUGCCUCGUAAAUUAAGGAAAUUAAUUCAGCGGAACACUUACAUUUUAACCCAGAAGAGGAAGUUCGUACCACACUGUUCAUCAGACCUUAGUACCUCCUGCAGAGAAGAAGUGCCCAACUAUUUAUCAAUCAAUGUUUUACAAGACCAAUCAAAUACAAAACAGGGAGCUAUUCGUAAAGUGCUUGUCAUUUUGAAUCCUAAUUCUGGAUUCCGAAGCUCUCGGGAUGUUUUCUACAAGAAAGUGCAAUCAACAUUGAAGCUUUCAGGCUUCAAGAUGGAAGUCAUCGAAACAGCAUAUGCCGGUCAUGCAAAGGUUCUUUCUUCUACUGUUGACCUCAAAAAAUUCCCUGAUGGUAUUAUAUGUGUUGGUGGUGAUGGGAUCGUCAAUGAGGUUUUGAAUGGAUUACUUAGUAGAGACGAUUUUGAAGUGGCAAUUCAAUUUCCCAUUGGGAUAAUACCUGCUGGUUCUGAUAAUUCAUUGGUGUGGACUAUUCUUGGCAUCAGGGAUCCUGUUUCUGCUGCAAUUGCUUUAGCUAAGGGAGGUUUCACACCAAUAGAUGUGUUUGCCGUAAAAUGGAUCCAAGCUGGAGUGACUCAUUUUGGUUUGACAGCUUCCUACUAUGGUUUCGUAGCUGAUGUUCUGCAACUGUCUGAAAACUUCCGCAUGCAGUUUGGUCCCUUCCGUUAUGUUGUUGCUGGCUUUCUGAAGUUUCUUUCACUACCUCAGUACAGAUUUGAGGUAGACUAUCUCCCUGCAUCACCAGGGAGAAAUUCUGAAUUGAGACCACUGACUGAAAAAUGUCAUGAACAGCUUUCUGAUGAUGGCAAGGUUAGGAGAGGUACACAAAUCAAUGGUAGGAUUGAAGAUAAUUGGGUUACCAGGAAUGGGGAGUUUCUUGGCAUUUUUGUCUGCAAUCACUUUUGCAAGCCUGCCCAGGGGUUACUGUCUCCAGUUAUUGCACCAAAAGCUCAGCAUGACGAUGGCAGUCUGGACUUGAUUCUUGUCCAUGGAAGUGGCAGACUCAGACUAUUUUGCUUCUUUGUCGCCUAUCAGCUUUGCUGGCAUCUUUUACUCCCUUACGUAGAAUAUGUCAAGAUAAAAGAAGUAAAGAUUAGGCCAGUUGGCAAUACUCACAAUGGUUGUGGCGUCGACGGGGAGCUUCUUCAUGGAGAGGGCAAAGCUGAAUGGCAGUGCUCGCUGCUUCCAGCACAAGGCAGGUUGCUUGGCCAGGAUCCGGGUGCUUUGAAGUAG